GAAACCUGCAUAGAUGGCAGCACUAUCUCUAUGAUGUAUCCUGUGGGUGGUCUCCUUGCAAACAGCACUACACUCCCCCUUAGCAGCAUCACUUGCUUCUGCAUAGAGACGAGGCAGCUGGCUUGCUUUAAUUUUAUAAGGCGUUCGGGAGGAGGAAACCAAAAGCAAAAAGGAAAAGGAUUAGAUGACAAAGAAGUUCGAGGACAAUGCACCGAAAGCAAAUCAAUGGAAAUUGUAGGCAGCCCUUCUCCCUACAGUGAUUCCUGGUUCUUCUACUUCACCUGAUGUAUGGCUGGUGAAAUAUAGCAGGAUGGAUCCAGAUUAUGCAGCAUUCGAAAGUGCCCUAUGUAAUGAAUUUAAAGACUUCUGUAAAAAGGUCAGUGAUGCAUACAAGGAACUGAAAGAAGAUUUGACACCGUACAAAGAUGAUCGCUACUACAGGUUGGCUCCAAUGCGAUUAUAUACACUCUCAAAACGCUACUUUGUAUUGGUUUUUGUGGUAUUCUUCAUCUGUUUCGGAUUAACACUGUUUAUUGGGAUUGCUGGUCCAAAUGUUAUUGAUACCAGACAGUAUCCAGAUGCAUCCAAUGUUUCUAAGGUUACCCAUUAUCCUCUGGAAUCCCCUAUCCUGUCUACAUAUAACCAGCAGCUAUGGCUAACAUGCCGAAUAGAGCUAGACAAAUCUGAUGACGUCAGCUUCCAAAGCAACUUAACAAUAUCCGUGAAAAUUCAGGGUAUAGCUGAAGAUGCAACUGUGUCUUAUGUUGAUAAGAACGAACACAAUCGGAGCAGGACAAUUAGCUGUGCACAGAAAUGUGAAGAAAUGAUAGUGGUACAUCUAGGCUAUUUGAACUAUACACGCUACAAACUUUCGGUUCGGUUUGUCAAUUUAAAUCAGUUGAGAUACCCAGUUACAGCAGUUACAUUUACUUGGAAAACCUACAACCCAACCUUUUCACAAGUGGAGAUCUGGUUUCGUUUUGUGUUUGUGGUCCUAACGUUCAUGGUGACGUGUCUGUUUGCACAUUCCCUUCGGAAGUUCUCCAUGAGAGACUGGGGUAUAGAACAGAAGUGGAUGUCUGUCCUUUUACCACUGCUUUUACUUUAUAAUGAUCCAUUCUUCCCUCUCACAUUCCUGGUCAAUAGCUGGUUUCCUGGCAUGCUGGAUGACCUGUUUCAGUCACUCUUCCUUUGUGCACUGUUGCUCUUUUGGCUUUGUGUUUAUCACGGCAUUCGGGUGCAGGGUGAGAGAAAGUGUAUGACUUUCUAUUUACCAAAAUUGUUAAUAGUUGGACUGCUGUGGUUUGCUUCAGUGACUCUAGGAAUAUGGCAAACUGUUAACGAAUUACGUGAUCCAACCUACCAAUACAAAGUAGAUACUGGCAAUUUUCAGGGUAUGAAAAUUUUCUUCCUUCUGGUGGCAACAAUGUACAUCUUAUAUCUUCUGUUCCUCGUUAUUCGAGCAUGCACCGAACUUCGAAAUAUGCCAUAUGUUGAUCUGCGUCUAAAGUUUCUUACCGCUUUAACUUUUGUAGUGCUUGUUAUAAGCAUUGUCAUUUUAUAUCUAAGAUUCGGCUCCCGAGUGUUACAGGAUAAUUUUGUUGCAGAGCUGUCUACGCAUUAUCAAAAUUCAGCAGAGUUCUUGUCCUUCUAUGGCCUGCUGAACUUUUAUCUAUAUACGUUGGCAUUCGUCUACUCACCAUCCAAAAAUGCACUGUAUGAAUCACAGUUAAAAGAUAAUCCUGCCUUUUCAAUGCUCAAUGACUCGGAUGAUGAUGUAAUAUACGGGAGUGACUAUGAGGAGAUGCCUCUUCAAAAUGGAAAAGCCAUAAGAGCUAAAUAUAAAGAUGAAUCUGAUAGCGACUGAGUGGAAUGUGAUCGUCCCAACGGAGUGUCUUCAAGUGGAAGAAACAUUCCGAAGGAUGGACAGUUUCCUUUUACCACAACUUUGUUGUUAUGGAUUGCUGCUCUUUCCACAGAGGAUUUUUAUGUUUUAUGUGUUUUUUGUUUUUUUUGAAAACCAAAUCCUAAUGACACAGGGGAGCCCUGAGGACAGAUGUCAGUCUGUUUUGUAGUGUAUACAUUGAAGCUACAAACCACCAUGUUCUAAUUGCUACUUCCAAAGCACAGCAACCUCUGUCAAUAUUGUUUUUAAUUUUAUUUAGCAAGUUGCUGGAGUAGCUUGAAUCUUAAUUGGAACAAGUCCUCUGCAAGUGUGGAUGUGAUGUCUGUAUGUUUUAUUGGAUCCGAUUCUUCAUUCUUUAGGAGAUUGUAUUUAAUGAACUUUGCUGCACAAUUUCUUUUUAAAUGUUGGUGUAAAGUCCCUUCUUCCAUUGUUUUAUAUUAAAGGGUGUGAAAUAAGGUUUACAUGAAGGACAUCUGUAGAGGUACUUUAUCCUGUAGAAAUAGAAGCUGCACUAAUUUGAAAAAGGGAUGAUUCACUACUGAAUGAUCUAAUUAAUUUGGCCAGCUGAUGAGCUUAGUCUUCAGGGCAGUCAUGUAGAUUAACCCUUUGUCUAUAGCAGAGCUGCUCCCCCGAUGAGACACUGGAUGUCAGUGUGCCA